AUGCUGGGCGAGGGGGGCGAGGGGCAGAGCGAGGAGGAGCCGGACACCCGGCUGAGUUCUGGUGUCUCGGUGGUGGAACGCAACGCCCGUGUCAUCAAGUGGCUCUACGGCUGCCAGAGAGCCUGGGCGGCUGCCAAGGAAUCCACGGUGCGCUACUUCAUAGACCUGACCAGCAUGAAGGAACACUUCAGGUCCAAGGUGCACAAGAAAAGGCUGAAGCAGCUGCGGGAGGCUCCGUACACGCAGGAGGAGGCCGAGCGCGCCGCCGGGAUGGGCUCCUACGUCCCCCCGAAGAAAGUGGAGGUGCAGACCCAGCCCCUGGAGGAGGUUGUUGAGAUGGAGGCAUCCAGCUGA